AUGGACGACCAGCAGCCUCGAAAAAAGGCUCGAUUAUCGAAUCAAAAUAGUAAGUUAACAACAUGUUUUAAUUGAUAACUCGGUUUAGAUGGCGAGAUGGAAGGCUAUGGGAACGAAGUAGGUGGCAUGCCGCACGAUCAAGGGCAGCAUGUUGGUAUGCAGAAUGGUAAUGGAGGCGUGGGGAUGACAAUGAAUCAAAGUCAGCCCCAGAUGCACCCAUAUCAUGGACAACCAACACCGUCAAAUGGCCCGCAGAUGAUGCAGAUGUCGUCACAACAGCCCGGACAACCAUCGCAGCCGUCCAUACUUCAGGAGUUAUUACUGAGCAAUCCAAAUGGAUCCAAUAACAGUCCACGAACACAGUAUGCAAAUACACAGCAGUAUAGCAACCGAGAUAUCCGAAGCCCGGCGACGAAUGCCUCUGGGCAAAGUAUGAUGUCUCCACCACCAAAUGGGAUGCCCAUGCAAGCGAGAAUGAAUCCACACAUACGGCCCAAUAUGCCCAACGGUACAAUGCCUCCAAACAUCCCUCCUGGCUAUCGAACUCAACAGAUGCGCCCCAGGCAACCGAUGAUCGUAAGGCUUAAAUUUAUGCAAUUUUCGGGCUGUUUAUUUUCCGAAAUUCUAACUGACAUUUUUUAGAUGCCGGGAGCCCCUGGCUCUCAAUGGAAUGGCCAGCAUCCUAUGUAUGUGAACCAGCAAGGAAUUCCGUCAAGGCCGCAAGGACAACAACAACCGAUGGGUUACAACCCGUCUCCUCAAAUGCAUCCCCAGAUGGGACCCGGCCCUGUGCCACCACAACAACAGCCUCCCUCAAACUCGGGUGUGAUGCCGAUGGACUCUCCGAUGUUGGGGAUGGGUAACCAUAUGAGAUCUCAACCACCAAUGACGUUGUCGCAACAACAGCAACAAGAUCCUGAAAAGCGAAAACUUAUUCAACAGCAGUUGGUGUUGUUACUUCAUGCUCACAAAUGUCAACAGAGGGAACGUCAAGAACCUGCUAAUCGAACCCAAUGCAAUCUGCCUCAUUGCUCAACCAUGAAAAGUGUUCUAGAUCAUAUGAUCAAUUGUAAUAACGGGAGACAAUGUCAAUUUGCUCACUGCGCAUCUUCCAGGCAGAUAAUUACUCACUGGAAGAAUUGUAAAAAAGAAGAUUGUCCGGUGUGUAAACCCCUGAAAAAUUUUAGUCGUAAGUUGAGAAACAACUUCAAAUUAUGUGUGUAUUUUAGGCAAUGGUAACGGAAUAAACGGGAAUGGUGCAAUGAAUGGGCCCAAUGGUAUGAAUCUUCAAGGAUUCGACCCGAGUGUGGGGGCAAAUAGUCUUCUCAUGGAUUUCAACCCCACCCCAGGGUUCGUUUUUUUUUAUGAACUUGUGAUUUUUCAAUUUAGCGAUCCGUUUCGAUCAGCCAAUCCACCAAACAAAAUCGCACCGCAAAUGUCCAAUGGUCGGAGUUCAGUGGGAGCCCCGGGCGAUGGGAUUGGAAAUUUACCGACCCCAGAUCCACCUCAGAAUGAGAAAGAAUGGCAUUCGUCUAUUACUCUCGACUUGAGAAAUCACUUGGUUGGAAAGUUGGUGAAAGCCAUAUUUCCCUCUCCUGAUCCAGCUGCCAUACAAGAUCAGAGGAUUAAGGAUCUCAUUUCCUAUGCCAGGAAGGUAGAGAAAGAAAUGUUCGAAUCUGCUGAUGAUAAGGAAGAGUACUACCAUUUGUUGGCAGAAAAGAUAUACAAAAUCCAGAAAGAGCUGCAGGAAAAAAAGAAUCGAAGGCUUAAUGAGCAAGGAGGAACGAUCGACAUGAGGCCGGGCAUCCUCUCAGCUCAGCAUUCGAGUCAAAACCUGAUGGCCGGACUAGGUUUGAACCCUCAAGUCGGAUCAAAUCAGGUAAUUGGAACUUUUGAGGCGUUUUUAUAUCUUCUUUUAGACUACCAGUAUGCCAUCAAGGCCGCAAAGUUCCCAACAGAUUCCAUCAACCUCGCAAGCCUCAAUUCAAUCCAAUGUGAAUACGCAACCGUCGUCGAACCAGUUCGGAAAUUUACAUCCCAAAGUGGAAUGUAAGCAAGAACCCAUGGAGGCUGUCACAGCUCCAGCAAUUGCUGCCGCACAGAGUCGUCCUGUAAAAGAGGAGUCAACUAAGGACACAGAACCAGCACCGAGUUCAUCAAAAACAAUAUUUCCGUCAAAGUCAGAACCGAAAGAAGAGCCUCAGGUCGAAGAGAAGACUUUCAAUCCAGAUGAGCUUCGGAGUUUUCUCAAGCCUGUGUGGGAUAGAAUGUAUGCCUGUGAAGAAGCCGUGCCCUUCCGAGUUCCCGUUGAUGCCGAAAUGUUGAAGAUCCCCGAUUACUUUGAAAUUAUAAAAAAGCCGAUGGAUCUACACACAAUAUCGACUAAGCUGGAUAGUGGAAAAUAUAAAAAUCCGUGGGAGUUCUGCGACGAUAUGCAUCUUAUGUUCGCCAAUGCCUGGUUGUACAACCGAAAGAAUUCUAAAGUCUACAAGUAUUGCUCAAAGUUAAGCGAACUUUUCAUUGAAAUGAUUGACCCUGUAAUGCAACAAAUGGGGUACUGUUGCGGCCAAAAGCUUUCCUUCACACCGUUAGCACUGUUUUGCUUCGGUCAAUCGAUGUGUGUAAUUGCCAGAGAUCAACCGUAUCAUAUGUACGAGACCGGUUCUUCGCAAUAUGGUGUUACUGUGUCCGAAAAGUACAUUUAUUGUCCCAAGUGUUUUGAGGCAUUACCUCCAGAAGGAAUUAACCUCAAUGAAAAUCCGUCGGACCCACCAAAGUAAGAUUUAUAUUUGUCAUUUCUUCUAUGAGAAUUUUUACUGAAUGUUAAAUUUUUAGUAUGGUACCGAAAGAAAAGUUCCAAAUGUUGAAAAACGAUCAAAUUGAUCCAGAGCCUUUCGAGCAUUGCAAGUUGUGCAAACGAAAAUGGCACAGGAUUUGUGCCGUGUACAGCAAGAAAGUAUACAACGAAGGAUUCAUUUGUAAUCACUGCCGAAAAGAGAAGAAUCUUCCAUUGCCGGAGAACAAAUUUACGGCGAAGAAAUUACCUCAUUGCAAAUUGUCGAGGUAUAUUGAAGACCGGGUGAAUACCUAUAUCACAUCCAGUCUUCCAUCGAAAACGAAGGGUCCUUACGAAGUUGUUAUUCGUGUCUUGGCAGCUGCGGAUAAAGAAGUUGAAGUGAAACCCAUGAUGAAGCAGAAGUAAGUUUUACAACUGUUGUCACUGUUUGUCGUUUUUAGGUAUGGCGUUGAAGGUUUUCCGGAGAAAUUCCCUUACCGAACAAAAGCCAUCUUUGCUUUUGAGAUUUUGGAUGGAUACGAGGUUUGCUUCUUCGGUCUUCAUGUCCAGGAAUACGGGAGUAAUUGUCCUGCACCCAACAAACGAAGGGUUUACAUUGCAUAUCUCGAUUCUGUUCAUUUCUUUCAACCGCGCGAACUUAGGACUGAUGUUUAUCACGAGAUUUUGUUGGGUUAUAUGCAAUAUGUGAAGCUACAAGGAUAUACAAUGGCUCACAUUUGGGCGUGUCCACCUUCCGAAGGCGAUGAUUACAUUUUCCAUUGUCAUCCCCCAGAACAAAAAAUCCCAAAACCAAAGAGACUGCAAGAUUGGUAUAAGAGAAUGUUGGAGAAAGGACAAAAAGAGGAGACGGUUCAUGAGUAUAAGGACAUUUUUAAACAGGUAUGUCUUUUGAAAGGUGGUUUUAAUUUCAUGUUUAGGCCAAAGAUGACAAUCUCCAAACACCGAAAGAGCUUCCAUAUUUUGAAGGAGAUUUCUGGCCAAAUAUUAUAGAGGAUUGUAUCAGAGACGCUGAAAAGGAAGAAAAUGAUCGAAAAAUGCUGGAACAGACUCUUCACGACGACGAUGACGAAGAUUUAUUUUCGACCGAUGAUGGGGUCAGGAAAAAGAACAACAAAACAAACAAAAACAAGAAGAACAACCUUAAGAAAUUAAGUAAGCAGAAGAAGAAGAAUGCGACAGGGACUGGAAAUCACGUCACCGAUAAGCUGUACAAUGUCCUCGAGAAACACAAGGAGGUUUUCUUCACGAUCAGAUUGUUCUCCCAACAACAGGAAUGCACAGUCAACUCCAAGGAAAUUACAGACACGGAUCCAUUGAUAGCGAGCGAAUUGAUGGAUGGGCGCGAUAUUUUCCUCAACCGUGCCAGAGAAGAACAUUGGGAGUUCUCUUCGCUUAGACGUGCCAAAUACAGUACUCUUAACUUCUGUCAUGCUCUACAUACACAAGACAAUAAGGACAUGACCUACACUUGUAAUAAUUGUAGUGGGAACACGGCCACCUGGCAUUGUACAGUCUGUGAAGACUACGAUCUCUGUCACACAUGUCAUGGAGAAGUACAACAUGAACACAAAAUGGAGAAGAUUAACAGUCUCAUUGAUGUGGAUAACAAAUCUAACGAUGCCUCAAAUAGCCGCAAUAACGAGUCCGUUAAGCGGUGCAUCCAGUCUCUUGUACAUGCAGUUCAAUGUCGGGAUUCUAACUGUCGGCGGACAACGUGUCAUAAGAUGAAGAAGGUUGUCCAACACACAAAACUCUGCAAGAGGCGACAGAAUAGCAGUUGCCAAGUUUGUAAACAACUUAUCGCUCUCUGCUGCUACCAUGCAAAGCAUUGUACGUUGGCCAUAUGUAAUGUUCCGUUUUGUCCCAAUAUAAGGCAGAAGUUGGCAGAGCAGAAGCGGUUGCAGAACAGACAUGCCGACAGGAUGAUGCGACGGCGUAUCGAAAAACUUUCGCAUGCAGGAGGCGGUGGGGCUGGUCCUAGUUCUGUGGUGCAACAACAACCUUCCACCUCACAACAACCAUCGACUCCCAGCACCCCGAUGCAACAACAAGGUCAGAUGCAGCCAAUGUCUAACCCUCCGUCCGUCACAUCAAUGCAUGGUCAGAACAUGAAGCCUAUGAUGAGUUCGGGGUCCCAUCCUAAUGUUAUCAACGGACCUCCUAGCAGUUAUCAAGGUAUUUUUUUUAAAAGAAAAAAUAUUUUUGUAUUUAGGGCAAAUGCCAAGCAAGUUAAACCCCUCGCAUGUGCAACAACAUCCGCAGCAGCAAUACCAUGCGCAGCAAUCUGUUGGGAAUAUGCCGGGCCCUCAAGGACACGGAAUGCAUAUGUCACAGCAGCCGCACAUGAUGAACAGAAUGAAUCAAGUAAGCAAUAUCUUUUGGUGUGAUUUUGAUUUUUAGUAUCAACCGGGACAGCAGCCAAUGAACAUGAACCCUCAACAAAUGCAUAAUCCAAGGAUGCAGCAGCAGAUGAUGGGCGGGCAAGGAAUGCACCACCAAGGGCAGAUCAAUCCACCUCCCUAUAAUCGGAAUCCCCAGCCAAUGCACCACCAAACUGGUCAGCAUCAAGGCUUCUAUCAGCAAGGACAAGGUUAUGGUCAGCCGCAGAUGGGGAUGAAUCAAGGAAUGAUGUCGCAGAACGGACCCGGGCAACAACAACGGCCAGGAAUGGGAGGGCCUGGCCCGCAGCAACAAGGCGGCCCUCCUCCAGCUAGCCAGAUGCGUCAAUCAGCGCCACCCCCUCGAGGUAGGUGAUCGAGACGCAGAUAAUAAUUAGUUUAAAGUUUAA